GCACAGCACGAUUUGCACGCUGUCCUCUGCCUUAUUGUUCAGUCUACAAAAAAAAAAAUUCCAGAAAUUGCAACAUCAAUUUUCAAGUCAAAUUACUCCAACCCGUCAACCACAAAAACAGCAACCUUCGACAUCUGAGUAAAUCACCGAACAAAACCCCAUAACCUUUGCAGACGCGACCUCAGCCAGAACCUACACUGAACUCAGAAACUCUUCCAAGCCAAAUUCACAUCCAGAGACCCAACACCGAAAUCAACCACUACAAACAGAUCAAAACCACCGGCGGCAACCACCCAUCUUAGCCAUAAGCCACCACUGAAAACCAGCAUCAACCAAACACAAUCUUCAACCUCUGCACCAUUUUCACCUCUUCUUUCGCAUUGCUGAGAUACAAAGACUGUUUAAGGUUAGGGCCCAUUCUUGAAGAUGAAGGGUGGCAUGUGGGAUAAAUGGAGACCAGCGGUGCUAAUGGCGAUAGUGCAGAUCACAUUUGCAGCUUGCAAUAUACUCUACAAGCUUACCAUUUAUGAUGGAAUGAGCACCAUUAUUCUUUCAGCCUACCGUCUCGCCUUCGCAGCGCUUACCACUAUUCCCCUUGCUUUAGUUUUUGAGAGGCAAAGACCAAACAUGACUUGGAAGGUGUUUGGUUUGGCAUUUCUCAGUGGAUUGUUUGGUGGAACUUUAUUUCAAAACUUAUUCUACGGAGCCAUGACAUUAGCGCCAGCAACCUUGGUGUCCGCACUCUACAACCUUAUUCCUUCCAUCACCUUUAUCUUGGCCAUUUCCAUCGGUUUCGAAAAAUUAAAUUGGGGAGCAGCAGCAGGAAAGGCCAAGGUGUUCGGAACUAUAAGUGGACUUGUUGGGGCAAUGGUGCUGGCCUUUUAUAAAGGGAUAGUAUUUGAUAUUUGGCCUUUUCAUUUCAACCUUUAUUCAUUACUACCAGGGCACGAGAACGCUGACCCUGGUAGUAAUGAAUUGUUGGGUGCUCUAAGCGUCAUAGCAAGCUGCUUCUGUUUCUCUGUGUGGCUGAUCAUUCAGGCUAAGAUAAAUGAGGUAUAUCCAUGCUAUUACACAAGCAUAGCUUUGAUGUGUACAAUAGGAGCAAUACAAUCCAUUAUUUUUGGUCUUUGUGUUGAGAGGGAUUGGAACCAAUGGAAAAUGGGUUGGGAUGUCAGGCUCCUAACUGCGGCGUACUCGGGAAUUAUGGCCUCCGGAUUUAUGAUUAUUUUCAUUGCAUAUUGCAUACGAGUGAGAGGCCCUUUAUUUGCAUCUUCUUUCAACCCUCUAAUGCUUGUGCUUGUGGCUAUCGUUGCUUCUCUGACGUUGGAUGAAAAAUUAUAUUUGGGAAGUGCGAUUGGAUCGGUGCUGAUUGUGAUUGGACUAUAUGCGGUGCUAUGGGGUAAGAGCAAAGAAAUGCAAAAGAUGACUCAGUCAAAGCCAUCAGAAACCACUGAAGAUUCCGAAGCUACGAGGCCAUUGUUGGAUCCAUGAUGGCCUGAUAAUAGCUCAUGAUAAAAUAUGACCGUAAAUAGUUAUUGCAACCAAAAAUAAUACUAUCAGUAAUGCUUUUAAUGAUCAUGACGAUCUGUAAAAAAUAUGGACGGGGAAGAACAUGAUAUUCACAAUAUAAUAGCAUAGAAUAAGCUCUCUCCUAAGAUAGUAGAAUUUUCUAUUGAGUGCUGAGGAUGUAGAAUAUAUCAUGUCCAUUUCCAGUUGCGAUUGCUUGUGUCUUGUUUCUUCAAUUUUUGGCUUUGUUUUUGUUUUUUUGUAAUAGUGUCACAUCCUGUGUAAUAUUGUUAGAAUCUGCACAUUUGAUUAAACGUUAAAGUGUGUGUCAUUUUAAAAGAUAUAAAAUUGUGUCAUUUUAAGUGAGAAAAA